GGGGAGCGGGGCGGGGGAGGCCGGCGGGAGGGGUGUCCCGGCUAUAAAGCGUGGCCUCCUCCCGCGGCGCCCGGGACAGCUGGGACCCCGGGGCGGGCGGACGUGCGGGCGCCGCUCGGUGCGGGCUGCGAGGUCCGGAGCGCUGGGUUCCCGCCCCCGGGCCGCAGCGGGGGCCACCGGGGGCGCAGGCCCCGGGGAUGCUGGGCUCGGUGAAGAUGGAGGCCCAUGACCUUGCCGAAUGGAGCUACUACCCGGAGGCGGGCGAGAUAUUUGUGGCCUAGAAAAACAGCAAUUUUACAACUUGUAAGACUGAUAGUGACACAAUGGGAUUAGAUUAUUAGGUCUACUCUCCAGUGACCCCAGUGCCCACCAUGGCCCCCCUCAACUCCUACAUGACCCUGAACCCUCUGAGCUCCCCCUACCCCCCAGGGGGCCUCCCAGCCUCCCCUCUGCCCACCGGACCCCUGGUGCCCCCAGCCACCACCACACCCCUGGGGCCCACCUUCUCAGGCCUGGGCGCUGGCGGCGGGGGAAACAGCUCCGGAUACGGGGCACCUGGAGCCGUGCUGGGGCCCGGGAAGGACGUGCCGAAGGGGUACCGGAGGCCGCUGGCGCACGCCAAGCCACCCUACUCAUACAUAUCGCUCAUCACCAUGGCCAUCCAGCAGGCCCCGGGCAAGAUGCUGACUCUGAGCGAGAUCUACCAGUGGAUCAUGGACCUCUUCCCCUACUACCGGGAGAACCAGCAGCGCUGGCAGAACUCCAUCCGCCACUCGCUGUCCUUCAACGACUGCUUCGUCAAGGUGGCCCGCUCCCCGGACAAGCCGGGCAAGGGCUCCUACUGGGCCCUGCACCCCAGCUCAGGGAACAUGUUCGAGAACGGCUGCUACCUACGUCGCCAGAAGCGAUUCAAGCUGGAGGAGAAGGUGAAGAAAGGGGGCACCUCCAGGAACAGUGCUGGGGGGACCGGCCAGGCCACGGCCACUGUCCCAGCUGCCACCAUCACCUCCCAGCCCCAGCCCCAGCCCCAGCCUCCUCCUUCUGCGGAGCCAGAGGCUCAAGGUGGGGACGACGUGGGGGCUCUGGACUGUGGGUCCCCCGCUGCCUCUACCCCCUAUUUCACAGGCCUGGAGCUCCCUGGGGAGCUGAAGUUGGAUGCACCCUACAACUUCAACCACCCCUUCUCCAUCAACAACCUGAUGUCAGAACAGACGCCCGUAGCACCAACCCCCAAACUGGACGUGGGCUUUGGGGGUUACGGGGUUGAGGGUGGGGAGCCUGGGGUCUACUACCAGGGCCUCUACUCCCGUUCUCUGCUGAAUGCAUCCUAGCAGGGUGAGGAGGGGCGGGUGGGAGCCUGGUGGGUGGGGUUCAGGCCUUAGCUCUGUCACACCCUCAGCACCCUGGAGCUUGACCCUGUUGUGACACUUCUCUUGUCCCACCAGUUGACAUUUUGGCUGGUGUGUCCCUCACUGUGGUGGCUGCAUCAUGCCUGUCCUCCAGGUACUGUGAUAAAUUACCACUGGUGUCUUGGUGGGCCCUUUGGAGACUGGAAAGGCUGCCAUAUUGGUUGGUGUUACUGGUUGAUCCAUUAGGUGCUCUGAUGGCCUCCAUCUUGAUUGACAUCUGGGUUCAUAAUUCGGCAUGGUGAGGAACAUUCGCUUGGUCCGUACCUGGAGUGCGAUGGUGACUGUAUUUCCUCCCAUCUUCUUUGGCCCAUUGAGGAUGCUUGGAUGACUCUUUUCAUGGAAUCCUUGGCACAGUUCAUGUUCAGCUGAUUGCUAUCCUUGAUAGCUUCUCUUUCUGGCAGUUGGCUAGCACAGGGGCCACCAUCUUGGCUGGUAGAUAUGUCCAGGUCUCCUUGCAUGCCACAGCGGCCCUUACAGCCACUUACAGCAACAUGGUGUUGGCUGUAUUGUCACUGUCUCUUUGAUGUGCGCUGACUGAGGGAUGAAGAUGAGAGUCCUCCUUCGUGCCCUGUGGACCCCAUCUCCUCCCCCCCCCCCAACUCUGGUCCCAGAGAAACCAGAAAGGACUGGUCAGGGUGUGGGGAAUAUCUUUGGACGUCUGGUUCUUGGCUGGGAAGUGGGAUACUGGCUGUGUAUGACUAUUAAAGGCACCAUUUCUGCCUCUU